AUGUUCCGCGCUCGGCCAAAUCUCGUCCGUCCGUCUGAAGUCUCGGCCAAAGUCCAAAACCGUCGGCCGAUCACGCAAUCACGACCCGGGAAACAUUGCCCGCGGUCGGCCAACGCCACGCCACGACCGCGCACGACCAAAGCGCGCGAGCCGGGAAACGCCUCGCGGCCGCGCAACCUUCCGCGUACCACGGCCGAUGCAUCCGUCCGAGCCGGGAAACUACGUCCCGCGUCCGGCCGAGAUUUCAUCGGCCAAAUCUUCACCCUCCGACCACGCCGGCCGACCACGAUCCGUCCGACCCCGACCGUUCCGACUCGGCCACGACCCGAUUGUCCGGCCGAUCGUCCCGCACGACCGUCCCAACGCCGCGGUCGACCCGAAGCCCUUUUUGAAGCCCAAACUUAUGUUUUCAAGCCCGGCUUAACCCUAGCCGCCUCUAGAAAGACCUAG